CCCGGCCCGCUCGCUUCGCUAACUUACUGACUGACUGAUUGAUUGAUUGGUGACAAGAGGAAGGAAGAGCGAGGAAGAAAGAAGGAAGGCAAUAAUUAGCUAUGUAGUCGCCACAAGCCGAAACUUCUGAAGUCAUUCAUUCAUCGAGCCAUUAUAAAAUAGACUCGAGAACCGACAUCCAAGUGAACAAGAUCGUGCUUGGUGCCUCUCUAUAUGCUUCUCUCACAACAUUAGACAGGCUUGAUGGUGGCCAUCCAUACAAUCUUGAAACUUCCUGUCCAUUGAUUCCGGUCUCCCUUUUGCGUUGGAUAGGACUAUAUUCCACCGGCGUAGACACCCGCGAACAGGACAUCACCUUCAACGCAGCUCAGCGAAUAGAGAAAUUUCCUGCUCACCAAAUCAACGCGACGCCCCAGGUGUUGGUUGACAAUUGGUUCUGUCCGCCGGGGUGAAUAGAUAGGUCUUUCGGUUGUUUCGCCAUUGACCCCGAACACCACACAUCAACGGUUCGGGACACCAUCUACCUACGGACUACCAUCUAGCACCGGCCGUCAUCGCAUACACAAAUCUAUGGUAUCCCCGCGUCAGCCAGUCAGUCCGCUCCCCUCGCGCACGAUAUACACCAUAUACUACUCCUCCCUCCUCUCUGUGAUCUCAACUCAGCCAGGCUACAAAUCCGUUGUUCAGAAGAUGUGCACAUAUUACUACCUCCACUACCACCACGUGGCGCCAUGUAGCAAGGGGAUAGAGUACGCGAUCCAAUAUUCCUUCUGUCCAAACGCGACAACGACAGAGACGUAUCAUCAGCUCCAUCUCGGGAAUACUUCCUCCUCGUUCUCCUCGUCCUCGUCCUCGUCCACAUCGAGGAGAGGACACCGGGAAGAAGCAAUAGAACGAGAAGAAAGCCAGCUCAUACAACAGCCCUGCUCAUCGCUCACGCACGCGGACUAUCCGGCGCAGCACCAGCAGUUCAGCAGCACCAUAGUCGACUACUACAGCAACCCGUGUGCGACGGGUGGCUGCUUGCUGUCGCAGCACUGUGCGUCCGGCGGCUGCAGGCUGGACGAGCUGGGCGGGCGCUGGGCGUGUUGUCGCUGCGGGUUUCGCGGCGGCAAUACCUUCAGGUGGUGCGUCCACCGCGUGCGAAAAGUCCCCGACGCCCUCUGCUAUCACGUCGUCUGCAGGGGCUGCCGGGCGGAUUGAUUGAUCGAUUGCGUGACUAGCUGAAUCUUGCCUUUAUCGGCUAACUCCUAGGGGAGGGAAGAUGAAAAGUGGAAUAUGAAUGGCAAUAUGCACAAUGCGAUAGAUGGGGUAGAGAGUUAUGUAGAUUGAUAGAUAGGGGGUUGGAAUGAGGCGGUGAGAAUGAGUUCGGCUUGAUGUCGUCGGCCGUUCUCAUGCUUAGGUGGAAGAUGGAUAGAUCAAUAGAUAGAUACAUGGAUAGAUAGACGGGUACCCAGCCAUCUCCCGUAGCUGCGCCAGGAUCGCAGGAUGAUCGCAUGAUACUUGGGCAAGAAUCGGCUUCGUUUCGCUUAUAAUAGACCGUUAUUUCAUACAGCUCCAAGUUUAUCUUUUCUUCAAGAAAGCCAGACGCCGCGCUUUUCCCAC